CAACUCAGAAAUAAGUACAACGUUCUGACCAAUAAAAAUGUCAAUAAUCAGUUAUGUAAUGUAGUUGUACACUUCGAAUACCAUGAGUAAUACAGCGUUGAAUAAUUCAUGACGAAUAAUGUUUUACUGCAAUAAGUUGCUACAAUUCAUUGCAAUAGCAGAGUUGAUAACACGAACACAUUGUAAGAUAUGAGUCACAAGGAGGUGGUUACCUACAUUAGUGUUCAUCAACCAAAGGGCAAACCCAGAUUGCAGGAAUACCCUAUCUGCACUCUGUAUGCUUUCUAGUAGUACAGGUUCUCUGGUAACGUGAAAAUCUCAGGGAGGGCACUGCUCUCUAGUUUAUCCAAUCGGCUAUCAGAUAACAUUUUAAAAACCAUAAAUGUGCCAAUAAGAAAAAAUGAUGAAAACAUUUCCUAUCUGUAAUUGGUUUAUUUCAUUUCUUGCUUUUAACAACCACACAUGGCAGGUGGUUGGUUUCUGAAAGCAAAUAAAAUCACUUGGGCAAAAGAAUAUUUGUUGUUUUCUGGGGGGAGGACACAGUUAAAGUUGCAAUACAAUUACUUUGCUUCUAUUGUUUCGUUGUGUAGGAGCAGUUAGAAGAUCUAGCAGUGAAUGUUCAAGGCUUUUGCUGCAUUACAUCGCAUUGAGGUGGUCGGCGGGUCGAGCCGUGCUGAUCGCAGCUCGAGAGAACCGGGAGUGGGACUGGGACCGGGACCGAGCGGUUACCGAGCAACAGCCACCGCUGCCAGUGGCGUGCAAGGGUAACUCGGCGCCGUCCCUCCUCAGGCCGGAGAUGAAGUGUUUUGAAAGAGGCGGCGAGAAAUGAGGAAGCGUUGCUCUAAAGAGGAAAAGAGAAAAAGAAGAAAGGGGAAGGCCUUCACGUGUAGGCCGUGCUUGGCCCUGUCGCCCAUGGGCUUUCUCAGAUAAGGCGCCGCCGGCAUCCGAGGAAGCAGCAGGAAAAAAAUCCCAUCAGGAGGCAGCGCACCCAAAAUGGGACUAGGAGGAAACGGCUGCGUCCAGGUGUCGGCGACUGCGAUUGACGACGGCUCGAGUUCAUUCGAAAAACGAGAUACCUGAAGCUGUAGCAGCGCGAAGCGCCGUGUUUUCCGAGGAUUCGUUCAGUUCCCGGUUCAAUGGCAGUAUGUUACCAGUACCAAUUACCGGUGCUGCCUCUCGACAGGCCGGUACCCAAGCACGUCCUGAGCCGCCGAGGGGCCAUCAGUUUCAGCUCCAGCUCGUCCCUCUUCGGCUGCGCCAACCCGAGACUCCUGUCACAGACCUUCACAAACUCUUCUAAUCUUUGGAUCCCUUCAUCUGGGUGGGAAGAACGAUACCUGGAGAGGCGAGGGGCAAUAUCGUAUGAAAGCUCAGACCAGACUGCUCUGUAUAUUCGUAUGUUAGGGGAUGUAAGGGUGAGAAGCCGGGCAGGGUUUCAACCUGAAAGAAGAGACUCACAUCCUUACAUUGAUUUUCGCCUUUUGCACUUACCACCAGAAACCGGAGAUUUGGCUUCAGCAAGGAAGAUAAAAAGGUUGUUAAGUUUUCAAAGAUAUUUUCGAUCAGGUCAUUUAUUUCGUGGUAUUCCUUCUGUGGAUUCUCUCUGCAUACUGGAUGAUAAUUAUAGUGGCCAAGCCAUGUGUAUGCUGGAAAAGGAUGGAAGUUGGAAUUUUGACAUCUUUCUUUUUGACAGAUUAACAAAUGGAAAUAGUCUGAUUACUUUGACCUUCCACUUAUUUAAAUACCAUGGACUUACGGAACAUUUCAGCUUAGAUUUGAUAAAACUGCGUCGAUUUUUAGUUAUGGUUCAGGAGGACUACCACCGUAACAAUCCUUAUCACAACGCAGUACAUGCUGCUGACGUGACUCAGGCCAUGCACUGUUACCUAAAGGAAUCAAAGUUUGCGAAGUCUAUUUCUCCAUGGGAUAUUCUGGUGGGUUUGCUAGGAGCUGCCACACAUGACAUGGAUCAUCCUGGUGUUAACCAGCCUUUCCUAAUCAAAACCAGUCACUACCUAGCAAGUUUAUACAAGAAUACCUCGGUGUUAGAAAACCAUCACUGGAGGUCAGCAGUGUGUGUGCUUCAUGAAUCUAAAUUAUUUUCACAUUUUUCAAUUGAGGAAAGUUAUCAACUGGAAAGCCAGCUGGGUUCCCUAAUUCUAGCUACAGACAUAAGCCGCCAGAAUGAGUUUCUAUCACAACUGAGAACUCAUUUAGACAUGAGUGACUUGUGCUUAGAUGAUGACAGCCAUCGACAUUUCAUGCUGCAGAUAGCUCUGAAGUGUGCAGAUAUCAGUAACCCAUGCCGGCCUUGGGAACUGAGUAAGCAGUGGAGUGAAAAAGUAUCCCAAGAAUUCUUCCAUCAAGGGGACAUCGAAAGGAGGAAUAAGCUAGAUAUAAGUCAGCUAUGUGAUCGCCGCACAGAAACUGUAGCCAAUAUUCAAAUAGGUUUUAUAACUUACGUUGUGAAGCCUCUUUUUGUGGAGUGGUCUCGAUUCAUCAACAGCACACUGUCACAGACCAUGCUUGGACAUCUUAGUUUGAAUAAUGCCAGCUGGAAAAGAUUAUUACAGGAACAGACCCAGAGUAGAGAGGAUUCUAUUUGAGAGGAAAUGAACUGACAUACCUCAGGAAAGCCGAGAAUUCUUCUAUUUCUCUCACUCCACUCAUUCGGUGGGUGCUGGACAAUGAAUUUUCAGCCUAUUAGGCUGAAGGCAAAUGAGAUGAUGCUUUUAGGUGAGGAAUUGAAAUAUAUUUGUAGGCUUUCAUUGCCACGGUUGUAUGUGUAGCCAUGUCAACAUAAACGUAAUUCAAUGCUUUCUUCAAAGCAUCAUAUUGCUUUUUUGCUCCUUGCAAAGCCUGAAUAUAAAGCAAUACACAAAUACCUCAGUUGGCUUUUGUGAGACAUUGAGCACAUAAACUGCAAUGGUGGCCACACUGAAGAGAAUGGGAAAAAAGGGUGGCAGUGUUCCAGGAAGUGCCAUUUAUUAAUGGUUAGUUUGAAUACUGUUAUACAGAUUGAUACUUGCAAUUUCUGCACUCGGGGUUUUCUGUGGUUUUUUUAAGGCUAAAAUAUGAACUUAAAUAUUCUUAUGUUGGUACAAGAAGAGCUUUUGUACUCUUCUCACCAUUUUGGAGUGACUGAAUGCAUGCAAUGAAGCCAGUCCUUUUUCUGCCUCAGAGAUUUGUUUACAAUGCUGUAUUUUUGAUACUUUGGUUCUGGUUCUUGCCUUGAAGCAUAGUGAAAAAGGAACCACUAAUUUGGGAAAUGUUAGUUGGUAAGAAUAUAGAACAAAAUAUGCUGCAGUUUGUUUUUAAUCUUUUGUGAUGCCAUUUAAGUUUCCAUGGAAACCUCUACUGCCAUGGUGUUCCUUUAGUGCACUGUGAAUCCAGCCUUCAUCUCUGAUCACAGCUAAGCUUCAGCGUGUAUAGCAACAAAGUGCUGCUGGCCUUUACCUUCUUAGGGGAGUGUCGAAGAAACAACAUAAAAACAGAUUAGUGGGUGAAAUCAACGUAUGAACUGCACUUAGUGAUAGUUUGUUGUAAAGAUCAGAUCAGGAUAUUUGUCUGUCUGAAGCAUUUGGAAUCUGUAUAGCAGAACAUACUGCUACAUUCACCAUUCUGUUUUCUUCAUAAUGUGAAAAUAUGCAUGAAUUAAACAGCCAGAUUGAAGAAAUAUUGCUAAAAUGCCUUAAAACUAUGCACAAAGCUAAGUGACCAAAUCUGUUUUUUUUAAAGUGCAUUGUUCCUCGACCUUUUGCGAGUGAAUUGUUACUCCCCUAUAGGCCUCGUCUGAUGUGGAAAAAUUGAACCCUUUGUAGGAUAAGAAUACAAAUGUUCUUUUAAAUUUCAAACAUUCCAUUUUGUAUUUUACAAUGUUUUAAAUAGUUGAUUAUGUACAGUAAGCACAACUAUAUCUUAAGUUUGCAUUUUUCAGUGAAACAAAUUGGUGCUUUUCUCUUUUUAGUUAAUUUGUAUUCUAGGACUGUUUUUAAAAAAAAAAAAAUUAAUUCUGUUUAUAAUUUGUUGCAACAGCCAUCAUUAGAGAUGAAGGCUUCAAUGUUAAGCUUAGGAACAUUACCAGGUUGUUGGCAGAGUUGCCAUAUUCAUAUUUUGAUAUGCCUGUUGCUGUUUAAAAUUUUGAAUAAAAAAGUUG